CGUAAUCUUCUAUGAGAAGAUGGCAGCACAAUUUCCAGCUGGUUUUCCAUCGCUAUAAUGUUUUGGUAUUGUUGCGAUCAUGCUAAGUGAAGGGUUUGGUCAAUAAUUCGUAUGGUGAUUUGAUUAAAAUUGUGUGUUUACAUUUUUAAAAACAUGUGAAUUAUGAGCUCGGUAAAUCUAAUUGGAGUAAUAGGUCUUCAGGUUUUGCCUCGCUUGUGAUACAUGAGCGUUAUUGAUAUAUCAUUACAAAAGGUAAACUGUUUUAAAGAAAGGCAAUGUCAUGUCGUCUAUCCCUUUGAUGACAUUACAUAAUUCAAAACCUGCAUCAGAUGAAACUUAUGAUUCAGACCAACUGUCAGAUGAAGAGGAUGAUCCAUUGGAGGGUCUUCUAGCAAGAAUGAAAUACAGGCCACAGAAUUACAGACCUCUAGACUUCUGGUCCUGUGUUCUGUGUUCAGGAGCUGCAUGUUUUGUGGUUGGCUUUGUUGUCAGUUAUGUACUUUUUCUGAGCAUAGAUCAGAACAGCAGAUACAUGCAGACAAUUGAUAAUGAUGCAAAUCCCCAAAUAGCAUCGGCAUUUCUGCAAGAAAUCUCGGCUGCAAGUAUAGGCAACUUUGUGAGGGCUCUCAAUGUAUCCAGAAAUGAGUCGCAACAUAGCAGUGCCCUUAAAUUGCAACGUCACUUCUUGAGUUUGGGUUUUGACUCAGUAUCACCUGUAACACCCACAGAAGUCAUACUUUCGUACUAUGAUGGAAGUAAACAGAAUUUGGUAAUGAGUUAUUUUUCUAACUUCAAACUUUUGUCUUUAGGGGUCAUCAAACAUCAUAUCCUUUUAUCAGGUGUCUGAAUAUUUCAGUAUAUGAUCUCAUCUCAGCAAAAAUUGUAUAAGUUGGCAAAAGCACAGAAAAGUAGUGUUUUUUUGUUUAUGUUUUCAGUUUAUUCUGUAUAAUCAAUUAAAUACAUUUUCACUACAGCUAAUGAAAUUUCGUAAUAAACACACUGAAUUACCCUACAUUUUUAAUUUGGCGAUAAUGAGAAACCUCUUUUUAUCAACGUUAAAAUAAUUUGUCUGAUGCCAUUUUGGCUCUGAUUGAGUUCAUAUGUAACACAUACAGUACACAAUAUUUUUUGACGUAAAUACGUCUAUAAGGAAGGGGCAUUCGGCAAAAAAGUGGAACGAAAAAGGGAAA